AUGUUCACAGGUCAACAAGUCAGCGGGUCGACAGGUCAGCAGGUCGACAGGUCAGCAAGUCGACAGGUAAGCAGGUUAGUGAAUAAAUGUGCACAGGUCAACAAGUCAGCGGGUCGACAGGUCAGCAGGUCGACAGGUCAACAAGUCGACAGGUUAGCAGCUCGACAGUAUUUUAUCAAUCCGUACGGAAGGAAGGAAUUCCAUGGCCUUCUGCUAACAGACAAAGUUAAAAACGUCCCUGAUGACGAGGAGUUUUCUUUUUGUCACAAGUUUGAUCUGCUGAAGAAAACCCUCAUUCUGAAGGCCGGUAAGACGUGGGAGAUGAUUUUUGGUGAUGGACCAUGGCAAACUUUAGACGAAUUGAAAGAUAUCUACUCAAAAAUAUUUGAAGAACCCAAGGGGAUGCAGGGUUGGGACAGUGAUAUUAGUUUUGGCUGGCAGCGAUUAAAUGGUCUUAAUCCAAAUAUGAUUCGUCUUUGUUCCCAUCUACCGGACAAAUUUGGUGUGACUGAAGAAAUGAUUAAACCUUUCCUCGAAGGACUGACAAUAUCCCAAGCCAUCAGGGAUAAACGUUUGUUCAUCACUGAUCUAGAAGUAAUGAAUGGGAUUUCUCUCAAAGAAGGCUGUGCUUGUCCAGCACCCAUUGCCCUUUUCUUUGUUGAUGCUAGAGGUCAGCUGAUGCCAGUAGCGAUACAACUCUUUCAACAGAAGUCACGUGAUAACCCUGUAUUUUUGCCUAGUGAUCCCCCAUAUACCUGGUUGAUGGCCAAAAUGUGGUUUAAUGUUGGUGACUCAAAUCUCCAUCAAACCAUUGUUCAUCUAGGUUGUACACACCUAAUUUUGGAGAGCGUGUGUGUUGCGGGCAAUAGAUGUCUGUCGCCUUCACAUCCCAUGUUUAAACUGCUGGCUCCUCAUUUUCUCUACAUUAUUGCAAUAAAUAAGUAG